AUGGGCGGGCUGAAAACGCUGGGGAUAGGCAAGCUGACCGAGGGACGAGCAAGAGGAUCGGCAGUGGUUCUGGACUCUGGAGAUCUGCAUCUGCUACUCUGCUACAGGUACGACGCGGGAUACAGUGUACACUAUGGAUCCCAAUAUCUUCUUUCAACACACCAUACGGACACGGGCGUUGUGAUCUGCAUUAUUACCCGAUCCGUGGAAGUCCUAGAGAAGAGACGAGGGAAGAGAAAACAUGAAACCAAGCUCCCGGGAAGAGAAGCGCUGCAGCCGCCAGCAGAUGCUACCUAUAGGCCAGGAGUCUAUCAUCCCGCAAUUCGGUAG